CAGUGUCCACUGUCCAGUCAGGGCCCAACAUUCGAUACAAAUGUGGCGAUCCUGUAAACCACGUAUUCUUCUUCAAGAAGUCAUCAAUUGAUUCAAUUCCCACCUAAAACACAAAAACCGUCGCAAACUGUGGUAAGAUAAUACAGUACCAUUACCAUCUGACGCGCAAAUGGCUGCUAAGCUAAUGCAUGCGAUUCAAUAUUCUGGCUAUGGUGGUGGAACUGAUGCUUUAAAGCAUGUUGAAGUUGCUGUUCCUGAUCCAAAGUCUGAUGAGUUAUUGCUUAAAAUUGAGGCUGCAACUUUGAACCCAAUUGAUUGGAAGAUUCAGAAGGGUGUACUUCGUCCCCUCUUACCCCGCAAGUUCCCUACUAUACCUGGAACUGAUGUUGCUGGGGAGGUAGUCCAGGCUGGAUCUGCUGUAAAUAGGUUUAAAACUGGUGACAAAGUCGUGGCCGUGCUUAGUCAUGCUACUGGGGGUGCACUAGCUGAAUAUGCCGUGGCGAAGGAGAACCUGACAGUUGCUAGACCACCAGAAGUAUCAGCAGCAGAAGGUGCUGCCUUACCUGUUGCUGCCCUCACGGCUCACCAAGCUCUCACCCAGUUUGCCAACAUCAAGCUCGAUGGAAGUGGUGAAAGGAAGAACAUAUUGAUCACGGCUGCAUCAGGGGGUGUGGGCCACUAUGCGGUCCAGCUGGCAAAGCUCGGGAACACGCAUGUAACAGCAACAUGUGGAGCCCGCAACCUAGAUUUCGUGAAAGGCUUGGGUGCCGAUGAGGUUCUUGACUACAAAACUCCGGAAGGGGCGUCCUUGACAAGCCCGUCAGGAAAGAAAUAUGACUACGUAGUCCACGGUGCAAGCGGAAUCCCUUGGUCCACCUUUGAGCCCAAUUUGAGUGAAGCAGGUAAGGUAAUAGAUUUGACUCCUGGCCCAACUGCAAUGAUGACAUUUGCUUGGAAAAAGCUAACAUUCUCCAAAAAGCAGCUGGUGCCUCUGCUUUUGAUACCAAAGAUCCCCAACUUUGAAUAUGUUGUGAAUUUGGUAAAGGAAAAGAAGCUUAAAACAGUCAUAGACUCUAAACAUCCCUUGAGUAAAGGUGAAGAUGCUUGGAGUAGGAUAAUGGGUGGUCAUGCUACAGGGAAGAUUAUAAUCGAGCCUUGAAUAGAAAAUAUUGAUGCAGACCCGCUAUAUAUUGCUUGAAGGUUACAAACUUUUAAGUUUAUAGUACUUGAGUUAUACUUUCCUAGUUGUAAACAUUCAAGUAUUUCAUAAUGUUAUACUUUCCUAGUUUCCUCCA